AUGGCGGCGGCGCAAGCUGCGCCUUGGUGGCUGGAUCCGGCUCCCCCACGCCCGGUUUUGCCGUCCCUACCUCUCUCCCUACCCCGAUGCCUUGGGCCGGUGGCGGGGGUGGCGGUGGCUCCGGCCCCACCGCCCUCCCUCCAUUCUCCUUCACCACCGGCGGAUCCCCUCCUCUCCUACAUCGACAAGGACGACCUUGAACUAUCGUGGACGGAUUGGGGCCUCCUGGGUCUCGAUCUCGUCGCGGGACACACGGUUCGGCUGCUGGCGUGCCGGCAGUGGGGCAGUGUGCCCUUCGCGUUUGUGCAGGGGCCAACUGCGGAAGGCACAACGCAGUUUGGUCACCGCGACGGCGUCGACCUCGGCAACCUCGUGGGUGAUAGCGUGCUGUUGGAGUGCCGGUGCGCGCCUCCCAUCUCACGGGCGAGUCCAACAAUGGCUCCGUGUGGUGUGGUGGUGAUCGGCUCCUCCCCUCGUCAGGAUGGUUGCUUGCCGGUGCGCGCCUCCCUCCGUCGCGGGCGAGUCCAGGUGUGGCUCCGCGCGGUGUGGCGGCGACCGGCACGUUUGGGCAUCCUUGUUGGCGCGCGCCUCCCACCGCCGCGGACGACCCACAGUCCAGACCUCCACCGCGUCCUCGUCUCCACCCAUUUCCGUUGCAGAGUACGUAGCUCGACAGUUUCUCAAAGCCACAGCCUCGAGCGGAGCGGGGCGAGGAUCGGAUCGGAGAGCCUACGCGCGCGGCGCUCGCGGCAGGAGCUGGCUACCCCUCGAGGUCGUCAGGGAGCGGCGUCGCCGCGCCCGCACGAGACGGCGGAGCUGGACGCGGCGGAGGCGUCGGCGUUCGUCGCCGGGGAGUCGGCGGAGCAGCGCAACCGCUUCCUGGUGCUGUGGCUGUACGAGGCGCUCAACGCCCGCGACGCGCGCCGGGCGCAGGAGCUGCUGGCGCCCGACCUCGAGUGGUGGUUCCAUGGGCCCCCCACGCGCCAGCACAUGAUGCGCCUCCUCACCGGCGCGGACCAGCGCGACAAGAGCCGCGGCGGUGGGGGAGUAGGAUUCGUCUUCUCCCCGCGCUCCGUCGACGCCUUCGGGUCCACCGUCAUCGCCGAGGGCGCGGACGACGCGCGCCAGCUCUACUGGGUGCACGCCUGGACCGUGGGACCCGAUGGGGUGAUCACGCAGCUCAGGGAGUACUUCAACACCGACCUCACCGUCACCCUCCUCUCCGGCGCCGCCGCCUCCGCCAAGAAAGCUGACAUUGCAGGCGCUCCGCGUAAGCAGCAGGACGCUGCCUCUUCUUCUUUCUCGUCCCCCUCGGCAGCUGCAGGGCCCAAAUGCCUGUGGCAGAGCCGCCGCGGCGACAGCGCACACAAGUCGCUGCCAGGCCUCGUCCUCGCCAUCUGAGAGUCGAGACAGCAAGAUCCAUCUACUACCCAGUCUACCCUCCAUUAUAAUAAGAUAAUAACAGUAUAAAGAUCCUAAAAUUCCAAACUAUUAUUGCAUAAAUAAUCUGGAACUUUUCUAGUCGUAUCGUAUAUAUGUACUCAGAGCCGGUCAGUGAAAACAACGAAAUGACGUGUGCGUAUGGACUGAACUGAACUGAACUGCUCCGUGUUGUGACUUGUGAGGUUCCGGUAACAGUUGCUUAGCUCGUGUCGUGUCGUGUGGUGUGGUGUUUGUGUCUGUGUAGAAAUCGUAGAUUGUUAAAUCAUGGAUUAUGGUGUGCGCUGCCAAUGCUGCUAUUGCAAUGGUCAUUUGUUAUGGUCUGAUGGAUAGAUGAUAUCGUGGCUGAAUAAAAGUUGCAUGAGUUGGAGGGUUAAGACGUGCGUAUCUUCCCUCUUCUUUCUUCCUCUUCUGAUUUUAUACUUAGUAUAUAUAGAAAUUUUCUCUCUUUUA